GCGACAAACGUAAACUUUUGCCAACACAUCCACCAAAAUAAUGAAGCGCAAAUUGAACGAGAGGAACGAGCCAGAGCCGCCGCCCGCCGACGAUGCUGCUCCCGCCGCGCCGACUACUGCCGUGAAAAAGACUGGCAAGGUCGACUUUGCCGACCUUGGACUCGACCCUCGCCUUCUCCAAGCGAUACAUCAGCAAAAUUUCGAGGCACCGACGCCGAUUCAAGCACGCGCAAUUCCACCAGUUCUCCAAGGUCAAGGCAUUCUCGCACGAGCAAAGACCGGAUCGGGAAAGACGCUGGCAUAUCUCCUGCCGAUUCUUCACAGCAUUCUCCUUCGAAAAGAUGCCGAUAAACGCGCCAAAGCGACGACUACGCUCAUCCUUGUCCCGACGAAUGUGCUCGCUGCUCAAGUGACUACUACGAUCAAUGAAAUUUCCAAAACAUGUGGACAGGUGAUCAAAGGGCAGAACAUCACCCGAAAAGAGGAUACUUCCGUCACAAAGGCAAGGUUGGCAGAGUACCCGGAUAUCGUCGUAGCAACUCCUGCUCGAGCGGCGCAAUGCAUCAACGAAGAGACGCUACAGACGAAAGAAUUGAAACAUGUGGUCGUUGACGAAGCGGAUCUAUUGCUGAGUUAUGGCCACGAGGAAAGUCUUUCCAGCAUCGCCGGUUUCUUACCGCCCGGAGUACAGACAAUCAUGAUGUCGGCGACGAUUCGCACUGAAGUCGGGACGGUCUCAUCGCUCUUCUUCGGCACAGACGAGGCGAACAAACCGACGAUUCUCGACAUGUCUUCCGAGGAGGCUGCCGAAGCCCAAACGCUGACACAAUACAAACUUCGCACCGCAGAAGAUGAAAAAUUCUUGCUGAUCUACGCCAUCUUCAAACUCAAUCUCAUCCCGGGAAAGAUUAUCAUGUUCGUUGCGGACAUUGACAGAUGUUACAGAGUCAAGCUGUUUCUGGAGCAAUUUGGUGUGAGGAGUUGUGUGUUGAACUCCGAACUUCCUGUCAACAACAGACUGCACGUGGUUGAGGAAUUCAAUCGCGGCGUCUAUGAUAUCAUCAUCGCAGCAGAUGAGGGCGAAGUCAUGGGCAACGAACACGGAGGCAAGAAGAGGAGGAAAGCGGAAGAAGAGGCUGAGGAGGAAGACGAAGAGCAGGAGGUCACGAACCAGGACAAACCGGCAGAAGAAGACUCUGCACCAGCAGAAGCGGAGGCAAAGCCCAAAGCGCGCCCGAAACGACAACGUCGUGAAGAUCGCGAAUACGGCGUCUCCCGCGGUAUCGACUUCCGCAACGUCACCUGCGUGCUCAACUUCGAUCUCCCCCUCACCGCCAAAUCCUACACCCACCGCAUCGGCCGCACCGCUCGCGGCGGCCAGAACGGCAUGGCACUAUCCUUCUACGUCCCCACCGAACACUACCGCAAGCACAAACCCACCAGCAUCCCGCAGUGCGAGAACGACGAAGAGACCAUGCUCAAAAUCGAAGCCUCGCAGAGCAAAAAAGGCCGCGAGGUCAAAGAGUGGGGCCUCAACUGGGACAACCUCGCGCCCUUCCGCUACCGUCUCGCCGACGCCCUCCGCGGCGUCACCCGCAUCGCCGUCCGCGAAGCCCGCACCUCGGAACUCCGCCACGAACUCGUCAAGAGCGAGAAGCUCAAGCGCCACUUCGAGGAGAACCCCCAGGACCUCCGCCAUCUCCGCCACGACACCGAAACCCACGCCGUCCGCGCCCAGCCCCACCUCCGCCACGUCCCCGAUUAUCUGCUCCCGGCCGGCGGCACGGCGGCGGUGAGCCGCGAUGUGGGAUUCGUCGGGCUGAGGAAGGAUCUCAAUUCGGAGAACCGCAUCCGAAAGGCGAGGGCGUUCAAUAAAGGCAGAGGGAAAGGUCGUCUUGCGGAGAGGAAGAGGAGGGGUGGCGGCGAUCCGCUCAAGACCUUGAACGUCAUGGGCAGGAAGAAGAAGUGAGAUGAACGAGAGGAGGUUGUCAUCAAGUCUGCUUUUUCACGAUCGAUGGAUAGUACGAUACGAUGGAUUUUUCGAACGGCGUCUCAUAGAGAAGCGAUAUCCUGUAUUUCAUGCAUAGAGAGGGAGUGAUCGAUGUUCCCUUGAUUCCAAUCCCUUGUGCGUGAUCUCGUUCUUCACCUACAGCACAAUUUCAUUCUAAAUCUAUAAUCGUGCUGCGUUCAGAAUUGAGCCCGUAAUAGGCGUGUCUGUCUGCAACGCAACCUAUCUCCUUUGUCAAUACAGACAUCGCCGAUCGUUCCAUCAUCUCAUCCGAGCUGCUCAUGCUCUGCUGCUGCUGCUGCAAUUCUCCCACCACAACUCCUCCCGGUAUUUGUUCCCUGGUCAUCAUUGAGGAUGACACAGUCUCGUAUUUCGGAUCAACAACAUUUCUACUCCGCUGCAGUGUGGACUGUAUUUACCACCGCCACC